AUGCGAGAAGACGAACUCGACCGCCUAAAGGCUAAGCGCGACAGAGCUCUCAAGGCAAUCCCGAUGGACACCACGCCGAGCGUUCCACCCAAAUCGCCCCCGCCAAGCCGACCCCGGCGGCCGAUCUCGCCCCCUUCGGCCUAUCCCUUGUCUCCUCUGAUGUCCACAGUAGUAGACACACAGAUCCCGCUCAGAUCCCCACCCAGGUCCGAGACAGUCGAGACGCUGAACACUGCCGUAGACUUCACUAGGGCUGCGAGGCUGGCGAGGGCGCCCUCCGUCACGUCCAUCGCUAGCUCCGUCGCUCACUGUGAGUGGCUACUUGCUCCCUCGCUCCAGGCACUCACAGCAGACCGCAAGGCGUCCACGACGCGUACUCCACCAACAACAGCGCCGAGCUCACCAACGAUGUCGGACAUACCUCUCUCGCCGAUGUCGUCGUUUUCUGCAGGAGACACGAGAGCAGCUGCACGAGCUAAAGUGUUCAACAGUGUCCUCGGGGUGGACGUGGAAGUGUUGGUCAUCAUUCUUUCACUGCUCAUCAACUCUUCUCAGCACUACAUUUGGCUUGGCUCCAUUGUCGUCAUGGGCCAGCGGAACGACACUGAACAGGCCCUACAGGCCUUGCGCCUACGCCUGCUGGCCAUACUUGCGCAAGAGAAAGGUAGGCCGCAAAGUGACGAAGCUGACAGCAGACUUCACCGUCGCUACUAUUCAACGCCGUCCCCCUCCGGUCGAACUCCACAUCGACAGCUACCACCCUCUGCAGCGCGUCUCCGCCAUGCGCAGUACUGUAUUCUCCAAGCGUGUGUUUCCCCGAUCACCCGCACCCCGCUGAUGACAGAAAAUGGCAUCAUGAAGUGCCCCGAGCCCCACGAGUACCUGAGGCCUGAGAAGUGGACUACGAAGUUCCCUCCCGAGCAAGCUUGGCCAGCCGCCCCUGCAGGCAAUCGUUCUGGCGGUGAGGAGAAUGAUGCCGAGCCCAGAAAAGCCUUGCGUCCAGAGAGUAUCGAUCGCCAUAGCCGUCACACCGCUCCUGCGCAACAUCAUCAACCGCCGCAUCAUCGGCGUAUCCCGGGUGCUCACUACCUUCCUCCAAUUCCUUACCGUCACUACUUCCCCGAGGAUGACGCCAACCACAUCCGCGACCGCCGCGACCACCGCGGCCACCGCCGCCGCCGUGAGCCCCUCGAGCCCGGUGAGAUUCGCGAGCACCGCCCGCCUCGCCCCGCUCCUUAUCACUUGCCGAACGGUCACAACGAACCCCGAAACCCCCCUGAUCGCCUUCAAUGGCGCCGCAAUCUGCAUCCGGGCGACUACCGCCCUCGCAACAACCAUCACGCCUAUGAGCCCCGCGACCACUACCGCCCCCCUCCUUGGGACGAGCGCAACGUUCAUCAUGCGCGCCACCCCCGUGCGUCACCAGACAGGUACCACCCUCAUCACGACGUGUGGGAUGGUGAUCACCGUCGCCGUCAUGGCUGCAACGACGAGCGCUACCGCGAACGCCGUCAUGGCUACAACGACGGGCGCUACGGCGGAUACCGUCCCCGCGGCGAAGUACACAGCCUCUCUUAUGUUCUCUCUGCUUCCUCACCAUCAAGUCAUCAACAACUGACAAUGUCGAGCAACCAGUAUCACAGCCCAGCUCUCAGCACCGCCCCAGCUUCCGAGGCACCAGUUUCCAACAAUGUCGCCGCUGACAUCAAGCCUCAGAUCUUCCUCCAGUCACCCAAAGAGCUGCACGAUGAGUACACUUGGCGGUACAAUCACGUCAAACUGUUCUACAACAUCGCCCGCACUGCUGUCUGGGACGACAUCAAGUCUUCACCCAAGUCGCACACGGCGUUGCUCGAGAAGCAGCUCGAGGCGCUCAAUGAGUGGGAAAUGGAUGAGCUGGAGUGGCUCAAGCAUAACCGCCAGUUUCAAAUCCGUCUUUGGGAUCUGAACAUGAUCCGCAACCACGGCCAGCUCGAGAGCGUUACCCACGCCUCUUCAACCGAGGAAGAGCAUCUCAACAUGCUGGACAUAUUGCUGUUCCAGGAUAUGACGGGGCACAACGACAACACUGCCCGCUCCAUCGUGUCGACCACCAAUGGCAGCUUGGCCACUCUUUUGUCGUUCAAGCUUGCGUCCCCAAUGGCGCCCCAGAUUCAAGCGACCAAGUACCACGACUGGACUGACAGGAUGUCCGUCGUCAUGGCUCAGAGGGAGCUGCUCGCGUACAGGCGCGAGCCCUCGGGUGCGUCCUUAUUGGGCACUUCGGAGGAUGCUGCCAAGACCGCUGCAGCGACUGGCCCCAGGACCAGGGCUAGCAGGAUCGCUCCACAGCUUGUGGCCGACGACGGUGACCUCCCCGGCGAGCGCUCCAGCGUUUGA